GACCUUAUAUAAAGGUACCAUUGUUUUUGAGAGUUCUACAAGAAAUAAAAAAGGCAUUUCUCUAAAGAUGGAGAUGAGAAAUGAUGAGGAAGACAAAGAGCUACUCCACUCUCAAGCUCACAUAUGGAACCACAUAUUUCAGUUCAUAAACUCCAUGUCUUUAAAAUGCGCAAUUCAACUGGACAUACCGGACACCAUCAACAACCACGGCCGGCCCAUGUCUCUCUCUCAACUCGUCGCUGCUCUUCCCAUUAACCCCUCCAAGUCCCGGUGUGUCUAUCGCCUCAUGCGCAUUCUGGUUCACUCCGGCUUCUUCACCACAGAGAAAAUCUCGGAAACUGCCGGAGAAGAAGAAGGUUAUUUGCCCACUCCCGCGUCCCGUCUCCUCCUAAAGGACGAGCCGCUAAAUGUCAGACCAUUUUUGCUAGCCAUGCUGGAUCCGAUCUUGACAAAGCCAUGGCACCACGUCGGCGAGUGGUUCCAAAAUGACGAUCCUACCUCUUUCGACACAGCUCAUGGGACAACAUUAUGGGACUUCGCGGGCCACGAGCCGCGGGUCAACCACUUCAUUAACAACGCGAUGGCCAGCGACGCCCGGUUGGUCACGAGCGUGGUGGUCAAGGACUGCAAGGGCGUUUUCGAGGGGCUGAACUCGCUGGUGGACGUCGGGGGUGGGACCGGCACGGUGGCCAAGGCCAUCGCCGAGGCUUUCCCGGAGUUGGAGUGCACUGUGUUGGACCUCCCUCAUGUGGUUGCGGAUGUGCAAGGGAGUGGGAACUUGAAGUUCGUUGGGGGUGACAUGUUUCAAGCUAUUCCUUCUACUGACGCUGUUUUACUUGAGUGGAUAUUGCACGAUUGGAGCGACGAGGAGAGCGUAAAAAUACUGAAGAGAUGCAAAGAAGCGCUUCCAAGCAAAGGAGGGAAGGUGAUAAUCAUCGACAUGAAGGUUGAGAACGAGAAGAAAGGAGAUGAUGAUUCCAUCGAAACACAGCUCUUCUUUGACAUGCUGAUGAUGAUUUUGGUCACGGGGAGAGAGAGAACCGAGAAAGAGUGGGCGAAGCUCUUUGCCGAUGCCGGCUUCAGCGACUACAAAAUCACUCCCAUUCUGGGUUUGAGGUCUCUCAUUGAGGUUUAUCCCUGAUGAAUUUCACUGCCAUGCAUGGUUUCUUUGAGAUCUAAUUAUCAUCGCAAUUAUGCAGCAGUUUCUUAUAAAGUACUUUAAGCUAUGGGCUUUGUGAUUUCCAGUUUUACUAAAAUUACCACCUUGUAAAAAAAGAUUGUGUGAUAUAUGUAUGAUGUAAUAAUGUUAUUCUGUAAUUCCUCCGGAGAGUGCUCCCAAAUAAAUUUGUAAGAUGUAUAAGAUAAAUCUAGUCUAAAUUACAUAUAUAAGGUGGUACUUGUGGGACGAUUCGUAUG